CCUGAGUUCAAAUAUGGCAAAAAAUAACAAAAAUACUACCAAACAUAAAGCAAAAACAUCAAAUAAAAAAUGUAUCUGUAUGUCGAAGAAUAAACCAGAAGAACCAAUUAAAAAAAAAGUUGGUAAAAAUAAUGAAACAAAUAAUGAUAUUGUACUUCAGUUAAUGACAAAAUAUCCAGAACUAAAUGAAACAUUUGAAUAUAUUUUAUAUUCUAACAAGUAUAAACAUACAUUAACUGAUGUUUUUAAUAUUAUGAAAAUGUUAUUUUCUAAAUUGGAAGAAUUGCAAAAAUGUGAUGUUGACCUUAAAAAUACUUUGGAAAAUAUUAACCUUAAUAAUAAGAUUAGAGGCUUAAUCCAAAGUACUGCAAUUAAUUUAUCUCAUGUUGUAGAACAAUUAGAUGUAAAUGAAUCUAAAUUCUUAAACUUUGCAAGUAAUUUUAUUCCACCAAUUAUAACUGAUAAUCAAAAUGUUACUGUUACUGAUAAUUUAGUAUCUAGUUAUGCUGGUAUACCUAUAGUACCAGAAGACCCUCCUAUAGUAUCAGAAGACCCAACUAUAGUAUCAGAAAACCCACCUAUAGUAUCAGAAGACCCACCUAUAGUAUCAGAAGAUCCCCCUAUAGUUUCCAGUUUACAAGCUUGUAGUAGUAAUUCGUUAAAUCAAAAAAUAAAAACUGAAAAUAAUAGUGACCCACACAUGACAAAUAUAUUUGGUGAAAAUUACACUAUAGUAUUGUCAUCAGAUGAUGAGUAUGAAGAAUAUGAUGAUUAUAAUGACUGCAAGAAACAAAAUUCUACAAAAAAUAAACCUAUAAAUAAUGAUCAAGACUUAGUAAGUUAUGUAAUAGGACCAGACAUUAAAUCUAUAUUAACUCAUGAUAUAACUUCACCAUCUAAACAAAACAGUCAAGAUAUUACUAUUUCGAAAUCUCCAUCGCAACUUAUCACACCUGUACAAAAAAAUAGAAAGGUUAAGCCAAAGGUUUCUGAUGAAGCUGUAGAAGAAGCUAGAAAAGCUGACUUUAAUUUAAGAAAACGGCAGAUUGCUCGAAAUACUGAAAUGAUGAAUGUUAUUAAAGAAUUACAUAUAAAGCCACAUGAUAUAGUGUUAGAAUUUGAUAUUGUUAAAAAAAAACCAAUUGUAAAAGUCUGUAAAGAAUUAGCUAAAAUCUUAAAAAUCCAUCAGGUGGAAGGUAUUCAUUUUUUAUGGAAUACAGUUUUUGAAACAGUAGAAAAAACAAAUAUCACUGAAGGGACAGGGUGUAUUUUAGCUCAUCGAAUGGGUAUUGGUAAAACAUUGCAAAUUAUAACUAUAAUAUACACUAUAUUAUCACAUAGCCAAAUAAAUAUAAAAACUUUUUUGAUUAUUUGUCCACCUGGAUUGAUGAAUAAUUGGAUGGAUGAAAUAUACAAAUGGUUAAAAGAUAUUGAUAUAAAUGAAGUUGUCAAAGUUUAUGAUUUGCCUAAGUCACAGAAACUAUACAAUAUAUCGAACAUAGCUACAUGGAAAUCUAGAGGUGGUAUUCUCAUUCUUAGUUAUGAGAACUUUAAAAGUUUGGUAAAUUGUAAACAAAGUGAUUUACGUGAAGCAUUCUACCACACUUUGAUUAAUCCUGGACCAGAUGUAGUUAUUCUAGAUGAAGGACACUACAUUAAAAACACCCAAACUAAACUAUUAAAAAGUUUAACACAAAUCAGAACCAAAAGAAGAAUAAUAUUAACAGGAACUCCUAUGCAAAAUUCUCUUAAAGAAUAUCAUGCAUUGGUGGAGUUUGUCAAACCUAACAUAUUAGGAAAUCUUACAGAUUUUGUUACAACAUUUAUCAAACCAAUUGAUGCUGGCCAAUUUUUAGACUCAAGUGAUGAAGAUGUUAAAAUAAUGAAGCAACGUACAUUCAUUUUACAUAAACUAUUACAAAAUACUGUCCAUCGCAUUGAUGAUAAAACCCUAAAACCUUUAUUUACAAAAAAAAUAGAAUAUACAAUAGAAGUUAAUUUAACCAAGUUCCAAUGUGAAUUAUAUGAAAAGUUCUUGCAUUACAAUAAAACAUCUAAUGAUAAUUGUAAUGUAUUUUUAUGUUCACAUGUGUUAACAUUAAUAACUUUACAUCCAUUAACACUGUUCAGAUUGAAACAUUUUAAUAAUAAUAAACAUCCAGAAUUGGGAACUGCAGUUGGUGUAAAUUUAUCAAAAGACUUGUCAUGGAUUGAAAGUUAUGGAGAUGAUCCAAGAUUUUUUGAAGCUAAACAAAGCAAUAAAAUCACAUAUGUCUUAGAUACAAUUAAUGAAUGUUCUAAAAGAAAUGAAAAAAUACUUUGUUUUUUAAAAUCUCCAUUGGCGUUAGAUGCCUUGGAACAUUUUUUAAAACAAGAGAAGAAAUGGGUUUUAGGAGAAGAUUAUCUCAGAAUGGAUGGUAAAACCCCAUUAUCUAUACGAAAUCAAAUGUGUGAAGCUUUUAAUAACCCUGAAAAUACUGCUAAAGUUUUUCUUUUAACUUUGGGUACUGGUCUUCUUGGAUAUAAUAUGGUUGGUGCUAAUAGAGUAUUAUUACUCAGUACAUCAUGGAAUCCAAGUAAUGACUUACAAGCCAUUUAUAGAUGUUUAAGAUUUGGUCAGAAAAAAACUGUUUAUGUAAACAGAUUGUUAGCUAAAGGAACUGUUGAACCAAAAGCAUAUUACCGGCAAAUUUCUAAACUAGGAACGGCUAGCAGUGUUAUAGAUUUACAACAUAUGAGACGAAAAGUAUCGUAUGAUCAAACUAAUGACUUAUUUACAUUUGAUUCAACAAAAAAUUUUAAUCAGCUACUUCCUAACACAAAGGAUCCUGUAUUAAACCAGAUUAUCAUUUACAAUAUUGAAUCUAUUAGUGAUUUUAAAGAACAUGAUUCUAUGCUUGUUGAGUCUGUCGAAGAACAAUUGUCCAUUGAAGAACGUAAAGCUCUUUGGUUAUCAUUUAUAAACAAUCAAUUGCCAACUAAAAGUUUGAUUAAACCAAAACCACUUGCAAAGUUAUUGAAUACUCAUAAACUUAAAACAAAUAAUAAAACAAGUGAGUUUUCUGGCUCUGUCAAAAUCAUCCCAUCUAAAGAGCCUCAAGUUCCUAAUUCUAAUGAAAGUCAAACCUCUAGAAUGCAUACAAAUUUCAACAGUGCCAAGCAAUCAAAAACACCUAAAAGAAAACGUGAAACAUUAGCAAUUACUGAAAAACCAGCAAACAAUUCAACAAAUACAAAUGCACAAUUGAAAAUUCCUAAAUUGUUUGAAAAAUCUGACCGCUACCAAAAUGUUGAACCUAUACAAAAUCAGUUCAAAAAUUUUCAACAAAAAACUUUUAAUCACCAUAAGAGGAACAAAGCAUCGAAUUUUCGAUUUUCAAAAUUAUCUCCUCAUUCAUCUAUGUCAAUAGAUUUUAGAAAUCAACCAAAUUCAAAUUUAAGAAACCAAUCAAACCAAAAUUCAUAUAGUAUAAACCGAAAUUGGUAUCCUAAUAAUCAAAAAAUAACUGAAAAUAAUAUUUCAAAUCGAUCUGGUAUGUCUAGAUGAAUGGACACUGGUUUAAGAAAAGAUAUAUCUUCGGAUAAAAUCACAAGAAGAGAAAUUAUGCGUAAUGCAUUAGUUGUGGAAGAAGAUUAUUUUGUUGCUCCCAUAAAUCAAGUCUAA